GGCAGCUGCCGGUCCACCGGAUUCCAGCUGUUCCCUCUUCUACUCGUCGUCUCCACCUCUGCCUUCGUUCGCCAUGCUCUCUGUUCGCGCCCCGCUCGCCACCAUCGCUGACCAGCAGCAGCUGCAGUUGUCGCCCCUGAAGCGACUCACUCUGGCUGACAAGGAGAACACGCCCCCAACCCUCAGCAGCGCCCGCGUCCUGGCUAGCAAGGCUGCGAGGAGAAUCUUCCAGGACUCCGCCGAGCUGGAAAGUAAAGCACCCACUAAGCCCAGCAUUGAGGAAGAGCCGUUACUGAGAGAAAAUCCCCGCCGUUUCGUUGUCUUUCCCAUCGAAUACCAUGAUAUCUGGCAGAUGUACAAGAAAGCUGAGGCCUCCUUUUGGACUGCCGAGGAGGUGGACCUUUCCAAGGAUAUUCAGCACUGGGAAGCUCUGAAACCAGAUGAGAGACAUUUUAUAUCUCAUGUUCUGGCCUUCUUUGCGGCGAGUGACGGCAUAGUCAAUGAGAACUUGGUGGAGCGAUUUAGCCAAGAAGUUCAAGUCACAGAGGCCCGCUGUUUCUAUGGCUUCCAAAUUGCCAUGGAGAACAUACACUCCGAAAUGUACAGUCUCCUUAUUGACACUUACAUUAAAGAUUCCAAAGAAAGAGAAUACCUCUUCAACGCCAUUGAGACAAUGCCUUGUGUGAAGAAGAAGGCUGACUGGGCCUUGCGUUGGAUUGGGGACAAAGAGGCUACAUAUGGAGAACGAGUUGUGGCCUUCGCCGCGGUAGAAGGAAUCUUCUUUUCUGGUUCUUUUGCAUCGAUAUUCUGGCUCAAGAAACGGGGACUGAUGCCGGGCCUUACAUUUUCCAAUGAGCUUAUUAGCAGAGAUGAGGGUCUGCACUGUGACUUUGCCUGCCUGAUGUUCAAGCACCUGAUACACAAGCCGUCGGAGCAGAGAGUAAAAGAAAUAAUUACCAACGCGGUCAGGAUAGAGCAGGAGUUCCUCACGGAGGCCCUGCCUGUGAAGCUCAUCGGGAUGAAUUGCACCUUGAUGAAGCAGUACAUCGAGUUUGUGGCCGACAGGCUUAUGCUGGAGCUGGGUUUUAACAAGAUUUUCAAAGUAGAAAAUCCAUUUGACUUCAUGGAGAAUAUUUCACUAGAAGGAAAAACAAACUUCUUUGAGAAGCGAGUAGGCGAAUACCAGAGGAUGGGAGUAAUGUCAAAUUCAACAGAGAAUUCUUUCACCUUGGAUGCUGACUUCUAAGCAACCGAUCCGUGUGCUCUUUGCUGAUUAUUCUCCCCUUGUCAUUAAAAGAAAUCAGCAAAACCAAACAACUGGCUACACCACGAAUUGUCAUUAAAUUUGCUAACUGGUGUCUAAAAGCCGUGUAGCUACCUCGGUCCUGCUUGCUAGGUUUGCCACUAGAAGGAAGCAUACUUAAAACAAUGGCUACUUGGAUCCUCAGGGAGAUCCUGUCCGCAAGUCGCGUGGUCACCCUUAGCUUCAUCAAAGCACUAACAGCUCACCCGGCCAGGCUUCAUGAGCACUGACCCUCAAGCAAGCAGGUUUAUUAAACAUUUAGAUGCCAACCUCACUUACUGUUUCCUGCAGUCAUGGAGAGUUUACUUAACAAGUUUGUAAAUAAUAAAACUGGCACUUUGCACACAGACUUGGUACUAUCCUAGGGGAAGGCCUGCUUUAUUUGGUUUCUAGACCGAGUAGGAAGUGAUCCAUUUACCACUGAGGGCAGCCCCAUUCAGAGUCUUAAGUGACUAAGCCAGUGUUGAACAAGCAAUUUCCAGGCUUUGUUCUUCAGGGAACUUCCCAUCAGCUUUGAAGUCGGGCCUGUGCACCCUAGGCACAUGGAUCAGUUCACAAGUGGGGUUCAGUGGAGAGAACCUUCCACCUCAGGAGUCACUUGAAACUUAGAUGAGAUUUGGGACACUUGCUGAUUGACUCUGUCUCAUUUGUGUGAAAAGUAGUUUUUUUUUUUUUUUCAAGUUGUACUUUGUCCCAUUCCUAGUUAGUACAAAGUCUUGAAAGGGCCUUUGUAGGGCUUUUUAAGUCAGGGUCUUAACUAUGUAACUCUGGCUUGGCCUGGAACUUGCUAUGUAGACCUGGUUACCCUCAAACUUGCCUGUCUUCCCAAAUACUGGGAUUAAGGUUUCUGUCACCGUACCUGGCUUUACCUGAUGAAUUCCUAAACACCAGAAAACCAGUACUGUAUGAGAUGUUAAUGUGUGUUCCUUUCAGACUGGAGUACAGACCAGUAGAUAACAGAUAACAGCUGGUUCACCUUAAUCUGCCUUUUUGUGUAUUAAUCUGUUUAGAGAACGGAACAAUAGCCAGAAUUCACCUAGCCAGUUCGAGGCCAGUUGGUGUAUAUGUGGGACUCUUAACCAAAACAGCAAGCGUUCCCUGGGGUAGUUCACAAUGAUCUCCAGCUUCCUUGUUAACCAGAUAACUGCAAGUCAGAUGUAUGACCCUGGUUAGUUUAUUGUAUAGAUAUGUUUCUGUAAUAUGAGUAAAUUAUUGUUACUUAAAAUUAAUAAAUUCAAGUUUCAAAAUUG